AGUACUUCGACAGUGAGGCCCAUGCUCUUGAAGAGGAUUGUAUGGAUUCUUUAGGGGUGGAACACAUGAGUUUGGAUGAUAAAAUUAUGUUUAUUGUUGCAAGCAGCGCCAAAGAUGGUUUCUUGCCCCACCAAGGUGCACUGAAUUUUCCUGGCGCUACGUGGAGUCCAUCUGAUGAUGAUGUGGAACCGUUCUUAGAAGUUUUCUGGAAUGGAUUAAACACUAUUAAAAGGAUUGCAGUUCAGGGAUAUACUGUUGUAGAUGGUGAUAACGUUAUGACUGAUUGGAGAAUAUUAACAUUCAAGUUACAGUACAGCGUUGCUCGCAUAGACUAUGUUAACUACAAUGACAAUGAUGGACAACCGGUGACAUUUACAGGAAAUGUGGACAAAUUCGUCACACAGUAUAUUAAUCUGGACCCCAACAUACUGGCAUCUGCUGUACGAUUUGUUCCUCUUACCUGGACCCUGGCCCCUGCUCUACGGGUAGAGAUAUACGGAUGCCCUGUUGGGAAAUCAAAUUCAAAAAUAAGUUCGUUCGUUGAGGCUACUCAGAGUGAUGACUUAUCUGAUACUACAACGGCACUGAAUGCAGUGGACGGACAGAUCACAACAUGCGCUAUAACGAAAAAAGAAGAGUCCCCAUGGCUUACCUUAGAGUUCGAACCACAUGAAAUUCAGGAUAUGAUAAUUUACCCACAAUACAAUGACGAUUGUUUGCAGGCAUGUGAUUUGGCCACAGCAUGUCGUUUCAAAUACACGUACAGUAAAAUAUACCUUGGACAAUCAGAGACACCAGUUGACGAUGACAUAUGUAUGUCCCAGAUCACUGAAUCGAUGCUGGAUUCCCCAGAGGCUUUGUAUGUACAUUGCGAUCAACCAAGACUUGCAACCUAUAUGCACCUAGUUAUUUGGGAUAUUUCGUCCCAGAUAAGCAUAUGUGAAAUUGAUUUGCUUCCUCUUGAAAAUAAAGCUUGGUCAUGUAACGACGAUCUUGGAAUGCAAAAUGGAGACAUCGAAGACAGUCAACUAGAUGCUUCAACAAAUACAGAUGAUAUUCAGAAAGUCCGUUAUGGUCAGGGAGGUUGGUGUGGUGACAUCGAUUCCCCGUCAUGGAUUCAGGUGGACUUCAAAGCUCCAACAUUCGUUAGUCAGAAAGUACGUAUCACUCUUUUAUUACGUAAAUUCUCAUUAGCUGCACACUCGUGUAAGGAUUGGAGAGAAGAUCCUAACUGGUACGUCGGGGAUAAUGUUUACUAUCGCAUUGAUGGAUCGGGCGAGACAGAAUACAAAUUAUGUUGUACGUCCACGAUGUCGUUAGGGGUAUAUGACCAAAACGUGACAACACUGAGUUCUUCAAGUUAUAACGAUGAAGCUCAUUCUCCUGACAUGGCACGUAAUCGUGGAUAUUGCAAAGAAUUGAAUGGUACAAACGAAUCUUUAGUGCAGUUUCUACCGAAUCCUUUAGUAACAUCGGUUGCCUAUGUGAGUGUCAAAGGUGACAACAAUGCUUUUAUGACAUAUUCAAGGUACACUGAUUAUGCUGAGUGGUAUAUGCUUAGAUACCAAGCCGGUGAACGAAUUAAACAUAAAAAACAGUUUUAUAACGAAAAAGACGAGAUGAGAGAAAUUUAUGAGCAAACCGAAAAGUCCGAUUUUUUGAAAAAGGACCAGUUUAGUACUUUCUGGAUAAACUACAGGGUUACAGAUGAUAUUUUCUAUAUUGAGACUGGACGGUGUGGCGAACCAGCUAUUCUACAGUAUGAGGACUCCAAUCCGCUACUGAAUCCAUCCGACCCUGUUUAUUUCGGCUAUAGAAAUUUUGGUUCCGGUGUAAUGGAUUUCAUACUAUGUCUCGAUCAGCCUGGAAAUGAAUGCUGGAAACCAAAUAUGAACUCCACAAGCGACCCAGAUCCAUGGUUAAAGAUCGAAUUACCAGCUGUGACGUUUGUCACACAUGUGGAAACAUUUGGAGGCAUAGUCGAUCGUGUUAUCAAAUAUAAGCUGGGUUACAGCACAGACGAUGAAGUUUAUGAAUACUAUAAGGAAAUGGGACAAGAAAAGGAGAUUUAUGCUAAUGCCUACCCGAUGCAUAUUCAUAAAUACGAACUGUUGAGUCCUAUAAUGGCUAGAUUUGUCAAGAUAUAUCCUACGGAAUGGGAGAACAGCAUAUGCCUUGCCGUGGAACUGUAUGGAUGCUUGGAUGGAUUGAUAAAACCGACUUGUGAUGACUGGUUAGCCGGCGGAUUCAAUAACAAUUGGUAUUGGAUUGGGACGAUGGAUAACUAUACGAAAGAUUUUUGUGGUAUUGUGUACACUUUACAUCAUAUUUUAACCUUGACACUUAAACUUUAA